UAUAUAAAGUUACAUAUGAAUACGAUUUGUUUUAGCUUACAGAUAAUAUUUUAAUCAUGAAUGGUAUAAUUCCUGAAAUGGAACAAAUUAUCAGUCAACUUGAAAGAGGGACUGUAGUAACAAAGUUUUUUUCAAGAAAGAGACCAGAGAAAAAGACUCUUAUGAUCAGAAGAGAAACAAGACAAAUUGUAUGGUCAAGGAGUGCAACAUUUAGGCCUUUUGAUGGUUCAGUUGAGAUAAGAGAGAUCAAAGAAAUAAAGGUAGGGAAGCAUUCUAAGGAUUUUGAGAAAUGGCCAGAAGAUGCAAAGAGGAUAGAAAACCUUAGGUGUUUUGUCGUAUAUUAUGGUUCUGAGUUUCGCCUUAAAACUCUUUCAAUUUCUGCUCUCAGUGAGAAAGAAUGUGAACUUUGGGUGAAAGGAUUACGUCGUUUGGUUCACGAUACUGUAAAGGCUCCUUAUCCUCUGCAAGUUGAAAGAUGGCUGAGGAAAGAAUUUUACGCAAUGGAGAAUUCAAGAGAAACAGUAACUUUAAAAGAUAUAAAAGCAUUUUUACCUAGAAUUAAUUGUAAAGUAGCAACCAAUAAACUUAGGGAAAUCUUUCAAGAAAUAGAUACAAGAAACAGAAAUGAACUCGGUUUCGACGAUUUUGUUGCGCUCUAUCACAAACUUAUGUUCGAUCAAAGUAAUCUCACAGAUUGGAAUAAAUUACUUACUUAUUCUAAAACUGGACAGAUUUUUACCGUACAAGAAUUUCAGAAGUUUUUAAUAACUGAACAACAAGAUUCCUUAGGCAAUAAUGAAGUUGAAGUAUCUUGCUUCAUUAGGGAUUAUUUGCAAGAUCCUCAAAGAGAUGUGCAAGAACCGCAUUUUACCUUUUCGGAAUUUAUCGACUUUUUAUUUUCGAAACAAAACUCUGUCUGGGAUUCCAAAUAUUCUCGAAUUUAUCAGGAUAUGACCAAACCGCUCGCGUAUUAUUGGAUAGCUUCAUCGCACAAUACGUAUCUAAUGGGAGAUCAGAUUAGCAGUGAAAGCAGUUGUCAAGCAUAUGUUCGCGCAUUGAGAACUGGAUGUAGAUGUAUAGAACUUGAUUGCUGGGAUGGACCAGACGGAAUGCCAUUUAUUUUCCAUGGGCACACCCUUACCACAAAGAUCAAGUUUCUGGACGUUAUUAAAACUAUUAAAGAACACGCUUUUGCCACAUCUGAUUACCCAGUUAUUUUAUCUAUUGAAGAUAAUUGUACGCUACCUCAGCAACGCAAAAUGGCUAUUACAAUGCAAGAAGUGUUUGGUGAUAUGCUGCUGGUCCAACCCGUAGAUAAAAAUGAAACUUGUUUACCCUCACCACAUGAACUCAGAAGAAAAAUUAUAUUAAAACAUAAGAAGUUACCCGAUGGCGUUGAUGAGUCGUCAUUUCUUAUUCGAAAUGAUGAAAAUCGACCUGAGAUGGAUCUUAGAAAUACGGUCAAAAAUGGCAUUCUCUAUCUUGAGGAUCCUGUUGAUAGAGAAUGGAAUCCACAUUUUUUUGUAUUAACGCAACAAAAGCUGUUCUACACAGAUACAUUCUCCAGAACUCAGGAAACUGAACAUGAUGACGACGAAGAAAGUAUAGUUCGUCGGCCGACUGAUGGUAUACCAAAUGAUGAGUUACAUUUUGGAGAAAAAUGGUUUCAUGGGAAACUAGCAAGGGGCAGAGAAGAAGCGGAAGAACUGUUACGACGCUAUUCGCAUCUUGGAGAUGGCACAUUUUUAGUUAGACAAUGUGUUACAUUCGUAGGUGAUUACUGCCUCUCCUUUUGGCGCAAAGGGAAGGUGAAUCAUUGCCGCAUUAAGCUGAAACAAGAAAUGGGACAGACGCAAUAUUAUCUUAUUGACACAAACUGCUUUGACAGUCUAUACAGUUUAAUUACGCAUUAUCGCACUCAUCCUUUAAGAAGUCAAGAGUUUUUAAUCACGCUUCAAGAGCCAGUUCCACAACCAAAUAAACAUGAAGAGAAAGAAUGGUGGCAUGCCGAGUGCACAAGAACUUUAGCCGAAGAAAUGUUAAAAUGCAUUCCUACGGAUGGCGCAUUUUUAGUAAGACCGAGUGAGAAAGAAAACAAUUCUUAUGCCAUAUCUUUUAGGGCAGAGAGAAAAAUUAAACAUUGCAGGAUUAAACUAGAAGGCCGUUUGUAUACUAUUGGUACUGUACAGUUUGAAAGUUUGGUUGAAUUAGUUAAUUAUUACGAAAGACAUCCGUUAUAUAAAAAAAUUAAACUGAGCCAUCCCGUAAAUAAGGAUGUCAUGAAAAGUAUGGAGUUGGAUGUAGACGACGGAUCUGUGUAUGGCAUCCCCGGCUAUAUGGACCCUUCAAGCUUCACAUCAAAAGUAACUGUAAAAGCUAUAUACGAUUACAAAGCAAGGAGAGAGGACGAAUUAACGUUAGUAAAGCAUGCUAUAAUAACAAAUGUACAUCGGCAAAGUGGUGGAUGGUGGCGUGGGGAUUAUGGGGGUAAAAAACAGCAUUGGUUUCCUGCGAAUUAUGUAGAGGAAAUAGAGCCACAGGAUAAUCAAGGAGAUUCGACAGAUUCUAUGAUGUUCGGUAGUCUACAAAAAGGUUCUUUGGACAUUAUGGGCGCUGUUGCCGAAUUAAGGGUAGGUGGAAAGCCUGGAUUAGAAUGGAUACUGAGAAUACAAAAUCCUAGCAUGUGCUCGGUGUUCGAAGUAGCAACAUCUUCCAAAGAAACAGCGCUAGAAUGGAUGGCUAGCAUUAAAGAAACUGCUCAAAAUGCUAGUGUCAGGGAAAAUCAACAUAAAGAAAUGGAACGGGCAUGGCGAAUAGCUAAAGAAAUGUCGAAUCUAAUAGUUUAUUGUAGGUCAGUUGCAUUUAAUUUAGAGAGAAUAAAAACUAAAGGUUUCAUAUUUAAUGAAAUGAGUAGCUUUCCUGAAACGAAAGCUGAGAAGCUUAUGUGUCAACAAGAAAACAAAUUUUUCGUGAAAUAUCAUCAGGUACAAUUUAGUAGAGUAUAUCCAAAAGGACAACGUAUCGACUCAUCAAAUUAUAAUCCUGUGCCUAUGUGGAACGCGGGAUGUCAAAUGGUAGCACUGAACUAUCAAACUGGCGACAAGUCAAUGCAACUUAAUCAGGCAAAAUUUAGAGAAAAUGGAAAUUGCGGUUACAUUUUAAAACCUGAGUUUAUGUUCAGGGAUGAAUUCAAUCCUUAUGAUAAAGAUUGUUUACACGGGGUAGAAUCGCUUAAAUUUUCAUUAAAAGUAAUUGGAGCGAGACAUUUAAUCAGAUCAGGAAGAGGUAUAGCUAGCCCUUUCGUCGAAAUUGAAAUAAUAGGAGCGGAUUUCGAUUCUGGUUCAAAACUGACAACGAGAACUAUAACUGACAAUGGGUAUAAUCCUAUGUGGAAUGAAUCUUGUGAGUUCGAGGUUUUUAAUCCGUACUUCGCAUUCAUACGAUUCGUCGUUCAAGAUGAAGAUAUGUUUGGUGACAGUAAUUUUAUUGGGCAAGCUACAUAUGCCGUUCGAUGCUUACGAUCGGGAUAUAGAAGCAUCCCAUUGCAAAACAAUUACAGCGAGGAUCUUGAACUCGCAUCCUUGUUGAUACAUCUUCGAAUUACGCCCUCAGGAACAAAUUCAUAAUCUAUAGAAACUAUCCCAAACUCUAUGUUAACUGCAAGUCACUUGCAUAUCAGGAUUAGACAAAGAUUAUUUAAUAUGAAUAAUACUGCAUGAAAUAUUUUAAUUAGAAUUUGAAACAAGUUAAAACAUUAUUAGAAAAGACUGGCUAUUUACGAGAACUCAAAUCGUCGAACUCAAAUCAGUGAUUAUACGGGAGAAUAUAAUUUUAUCUUGCACAUUAGAUAGUCUAGGAACGUUAUUGUUAUGUAUAUAAUGGGAGAAAAAUAAUAAUUGUUACAGUAUUGAAAAAAAUGGAUGUUAAACAGAGUUAAAAAAUGCAAUAUCUUUAAAGAAGUGACAUAUGACAGAGAUAUUUAUUAUGUAGGAGGAUUUCAAUCAAAUCUUCGGAACAUCCUUUUUUUUACUUUAAAAAUUUCAUAAAUCAAUUGCAUCAAACUAGAAUAAGUGUUAAAAAAAUAUCAAUGUGAUUUAGCAUAGAAUAAAACUUUUUAUGAAAAAUAAUAUAUCAAGCGUUUACAUGUCAAGGUGUGCCUUUAGUUAAAAGAAUAAACAGAUGCAACGAACAAUUUUUCAAGCUAUGAUAUAUUCUGAAUAUUUUAAUAUGCACAAUUGCAAUAAUAUUUUCAUACAAUUAGUGCUAUUUAUUUAUUACUGUAAUGAAAAAUAGUUUUAAAAUCGUGAUACAUAAAAAUAUAUUGAGAGGCUGAUUAAUAAGUAAUAGAAAUCACUACUUCUCAAAUAAAAUUUUAGACUUCACGCUACAUGAAAUGAAAUUUAAAUAGACUUAAAUAAUGCAUCAUAGAAUUACAUAUUUUCCACUAGAAUCGAAAAAUCGAGGACUGUUAAAUAGACUAACAUAAGAUUUUUACUAAACAUUACAUGACAAUAUUAUUUUUCAUUGAUCAUGCCCAUUUUUUGAAAUUAAAUCUUUUCUAUAGCUAUUCUUAAUUGUAUUGUUAUACAUGUAUAGUGAGAAAUAAUAUUAUUAUAAGCUAACUCUUCCAAAACUGUGCAACUGUUUGAUAUGAUUUUUUAUACACUUUAUUAUAUGCAUUACUUAUUAUCAUUAUAAUGAAUUUGUAUUUUGCUUCCUUAAUAUGUCAAUUUUAAUUUAUUCUAAUCGAGUCUUUCGCAUAAAAGUAUGUUAUAGUUGGGCCGACAUCCAGCUAAUGUGCCUUAAUUUUAUAAACAUUUACUUAAACAUAUUACGACACCGAUUGAUUACGUUUAUUUUUACUUACAUGUGAUUGAGAGGAUAAAAUGUUCUAACGCUGUAUGAAAAGUGUACGCAUAUGGAAAAUAAAUACAAAUAUAUUUAUUAGA